AUCAUUAUGCAACGUACCAUAGAGAGUGAAGGUACUCAUUACGCACAUUUCAGCUGCUAGUCAAUGAAUAGCGUACCGAUAGUACCGAAGACUUGCCACCCGUUUUCAUGAUGGUUUCCAAAGCAGCGCUACUGGAUUUUCGUAUGUUAAACCAGUAUUUUGUCCAUCAAGAUCAUCAACCGCGAUAACUCAUAUGGUGUAAACAGUUAUUUUGGUGUGAUUUUUUAGUUUAGAAGUUUGUGAUAUUAGUUUUAAGUGAAUCACAGAGAUGUAUUAUCUGAUCAUAACAGGAGUACUUUGGCAGAUAUGUUUUGUUUCUACACUUAUUCCUCCAUCUUACAUUAAUGUGCAAAUUGACAAUGCUUUUUCCAAAUCCAUUACGAACCAAACAUUUGAUUUCAUCGUGAUUGGUUCUGGACCUACAGGAUCAGUAAUCGCCAAUAGAUUAUCAGAGGUACCAGAAUGGAACGUACUAUUAAUCGAAGCGGGUACCAUACCAAGUGCAAUAUCCGACAUUCCUGCCAUUUGUGGACACUUUCAAUUCACUGGAUACGACUGGGGUUACAGAACCGAGAGGCAGAAUGGAUUUUGUAAAGGUUGCAUAAGAAAUUCUUUAAAAUAUGGCCAUGGAAAGGUGCUUGGAGGAACAUCUAUAAUAAACUUCAUGAUUCACGUCCGAGGAAACCGUCGUGAUUACGAUCGGUGGGCCAAAAUGGGUAAUCCCGGUUGGUCGUACCAAGAAGUCCUGCCAUAUUUUCUUAAGUCUGAAGAUGCGCACAUUGAGAGGGCUGAUGCUGGCUAUCAUAAGAAAGGUGGAUAUUUAACAAUAAGUGAUGUCCCUUUUAGGACUAAAAUGAUAGAUGCUUUGGUUCAAAGUGCGCAAGAAUGCGGACAUCCGUAUGUUGAUUAUAACGGCAAAGAACAACUGGGGGUUUCAUACGUACAAACACAUACAAGGAAUGGAAGACGAUGUAGUGCCGAGAAGGCAUUCCUACGACCAGUUGCGCACAGAUCAAAUUUGAAAAUACUGACAAAUAGCAAAGUAGUAAAAAUUCUUAUUGAUCCUACUACAAAGAGCGCUUACGGUGUGCAAUAUGCCAGAAAGAAGAAAUAUUACAACGCCUUUGCUAGUAAAGAAGUUAUUGUCAGUGCCGGUGGACUGAAUUCGCCCCAACUUUUGAUGCUCUCUGGUAUAGGACCAAAGGAACAUUUACAAGAAUUUGAUAUACCUGUUAUUGCAAAUUUACCAGUUGGAAAGAAGAUGUACGAUCAUCCCAGUUUUAUGGGUAUGGGUUUUGAAAUAGACGAAGAGAUUGUUUUGAGGCAAGAUGAAGUCUUAACCAACGUUACGGAAAUUCUCACAUUUCUUAAACUGGGAAAUGGAACUAUGACUAGUAUAGGUGGCGUAGAAGGUUUAAUAUAUAUGAAAAGUAAAAUAUCCACAGAUCCAGAUCCAUUAUAUCCAGACAUGGAAUUGAUUCUGCUUGGUGGUAAUUUAGCAAGUGACAAUGGUCACUUAUUGAGACGAAUGUUUAAUAUACCACGUGAUAUAUACGAAAAAGUUUGGAAGAUUUAUGAAAGCAAGCCGAUGUACCAAAUAAUGCCGAUGUUAGUUCAUCCAAAAUCUGUAGGAUACGUAAAGUUAGCUUCUAAGAAUCCAUUCCACUUUCCCAAAUUUUAUGCUAACUUUUUCUCAGAUCCCGAAAAUAAAGAUAUCAAAACUUUUAUAGCGGCUCUAAGAGAAGUUCAACGGAUGAGCCAGAGUCCAACCAUGAAAAAAUUAGGAACGAGGUUAAUUCAAACGCCCAUACCAGGUUGUGAGACAAUGCCAUUCGACAGCGACGAAUACUGGGAGUGCGCUCUUCGAUCUCUAACAAGUAGUCUUUGGCACCAAGUAGCUACAUGUAAGAUGGGUCCAAAAUCUGAUCCAGAAGCAGUGGUAGAUAACACAGGAAAGGUGCAUGGUUUAAAGCAUCUGCGAGUUGCUGAUACAAGUAUUAUACCGAUGCCAUUGACUGCGCAUACUGCAGGACCAUCGUAUAUGGUCGGAGAAAGGAUAUCUGAUUUUAUUAAAGAGGAAUGGAGAACUAAUAAGUAUUUUAAAUGAUAUUAAUGAUAAUUUUUAUCGACUGAGUAUGAUGUAAUUAGUUUUGCCAUUUAAGAAAGAAAGUAAUUUUAAAUAUAGGUAGUAAAAAAUAUAAAGGCUCGUCGACCUUUGAUACGCAAUGUUUAGCUCCAAUGGAGUUAAAGCAAAUAUUUUAUUAGUCAAUUUUUGUAACGGAUUUAUUGACGCCAAUAAAAGUGUUUAAUUUAUUUUAAACGA